UGUUCCUUCGCUACACCGUUGCUGGAGAGCGGACGGAUGCGCGUGGAAUUCUCCCGCUCUUUCGGCAGUAAUAAUAUUAGCUUUCUGUCGCUUUGUCUUUAAAAUUGUAUGUUAUAUGCUAGGUCUUGUUGACCACCAAUCUUUUAUUAGUAUAAUUGUUUGGGGUUUGACUUAGCAACCACAUGCCCGGAGUGGUGUGUGCGUAGUAACGCGCUUGGAAAAUCACCACCUCAGCCAAAGUGAAGUGAGGUUUGGUCGGGUAUAAAUAGUCGCGUGAACGCAGCGAGUGUCAGCAAAGACGGAGCCAUGUCACCUCAGCACUUUGGUAGAGGGGUUUUAGCUUCGCCCCUGUUCUGCGCUGCUCCCGUCGCUACCCUGCUGUGACGGGCAUCGCUGUCCAACACUGUCCAGCAGGUGUUUCUGUUUUUUUAUCACCAACGGCAACACUGGAGAAGGAGAAUGUAGAGUCAGCUGCAUCUAAGUGUGUUCCAUGGCAACCAUUUCAUGUCUGAACAGGCAAGGUGCUCAGUGAUUGGCAGCCUGGGAACUAAGGGACUUCCUGUCUGGGCUGGGAGGAUAUGUGGGGAUAGAUUUCUUUGCACCUUGCAUCCACAGGGAAUGGCAAGCUGUAUUCAGUGCUGUGGAGAAAGGCUGGGAUGAGAGAGAUGGACAACUUGCUACAUCUGGGGCAGGAUGGGCUUAUUGAUGGAAAGGCAACCUUAGACCCAGGGGAGAGACUGACAUUCCUGUUCACCGAAGCACAAGGAGAUGUUUUCUGGCCUUCAUUAAAAGCUAAGCUCUCUGCGAAAAAAGAAGAAAAAUCAAGCUCUACCUGUAUUUUUCCAGUGUGACACAGUGUGUGUGCCCCACAGUGCCUCAGGAAUCAGCCAGGGCUUUAGGACCACACUGGGUAUAAUUUCCUGUUGCACGAUGACUUCAGGCUAUUGAAGAACAUCCUGUUCGUCUUCCUGUCUGUUCCAUACCCUCUCUCCAGCCCUCUCUUCUUCAAUGGGGUCCCGCAGCCAAGGCUUCUUCCACCACCACCACCACCCCCACCGCAGCUCCGUGGUGCCAACGGCCAUGCCCAGGCUCCUCCAGGAGAGCAGCAGCCUGCUGGGAGGCAUCGCCCAGAUCACGCCCAAUCUCUUCCUGAGUCGGGGCAACGUGGCGUCCAACCGCAGCCUGCUCCUGUCCAAGGGCAUCACCUGCGUGGUGAACGCCACCAUCGAGCUGCCCAACUUCAACUGGCCCCACGUGGAGUAUGUGAAGGUGCCCCUGGCCGACAUGCCCCACUCGCCCCUCUCCCUGUACUUCGACAGCGUGGCCGACAAGAUCCACAGCGUGGGGCGCAAGCGGGGGGCCGUGCUGGUGCACUGUGCCGCCGGGGUGAGCCGCUCCGCCUCCCUGUGCCUGGCCUACCUCAUGAAGUACCACCGCGUGUCCCUGGCCGAGGCCCACGCCUGGGUCAAGGCCCGCCGCCCCGUCAUACGGCCCAACGGCGGCUUCUGGCGGCAGCUCAUUGAAUACGAGAGGAAGCUGUUCGGCAGGAACUCUGUAAAGAUGGUGCAGACGCCCUACGGGGUGAUACCUGACGUCUACGACCGGGAUCGUAGGAACCUGGUGCCCUACUGGGGUCUGUAGGCGUACCCCCCCCCCCCCCCCCCCAUCGUCCUCGCCCCAGGGAGAGAGGCAGAGGAGGGAGGGAGAGAGAGCUGUGGUCGACUGUGUUGUCUGUCAAGGCUGCAGGUUCAUGCAUGUUCCCCCAGCCAGAGAUGCAAAGUGUGAGUGUCUGUCUUUGUGAAGCUUAAUUAAUGAGUUCUGGUGCUUUUGGAUGGAGGAAGUCAGAUCAGUCACCGCACUGCAGACUGGUUACUGGUGCUACCACUCUGCACUGCACCCAGCCCACCCUUCUGUCUGGGAGACAAGGCCACCUCAAGCUAAGUGUCGCGUGGACCAAAGCAGCGCCCGGAUCACAGAGAUGCCUGGCACCGAGAUCAAGUACCCAGACUGUGAUGAUGGCAGCCGUGCUUGGACCCCAGUUAGGAGGAGCAUUCUGGGAAGGUGUGGGCGGGGCUUAAAGACUCCUUAAAGAAGUCCUUUUUCCUGACGUAACGUCACGUGAUGGUAUUGUGCCAGUUUUGCUGUUGUCUUUGAUGUAAGGGGCGGAAGUCUGUCUCAAUUUAUGGUAGCAUUUACAAUACUUACAACUGUACAUAAAAAAGAAACAUUUUGACUUAUUCUCAUAAAAGUUAUAUAAAGUCAUGAAAUAUAAAUAUGGGUAAAAUAGAAAAAAUAGGGUGAGGUGUUCUAGUACACUUUAAGAUAUAUAAAAAAUAUGACUAUAUUAACGGUUUUAAACUAGAUAUUAAGUUUGAAAGAAGACUGUGCAGGAGUUUGCUAUUAUUUGCUUUGUGCUGUUUAGAGAGAUGUCUUCCUCAAGCUUGAGGACAAUGGUGUGUCAACGGCCACAGGGGGACAUCAUUUUUAUGACCCUAUCUUGCCUCGUCUAGAUGAUGUCUUAGUGAAUCAAGUUCUGAAAAAAACGAAUUCAAGCAAGAAUUUCAUAUCCUGUGUACUCUCUGUACAACCAUUUGGGGGCAAGAGGUUGUCUGAAAUUCUUCUAUUUUGCAGACACAAAGCUUUUCUAAUAUGGCAAAUAUGACUGUAGCAGAUAACCCUGUCCAUGGCAAAGGCAUUUUCAGCAGUAAGCCAAGCCAAGCUUUUUUUUGCCCUACGGCAAUGAUAUUCCAAUGUAAUAAGUUAGCCCAUGCUACUGUUUGUGUUGAAAACCCGUAAAAAAAAUAAAACAGUUGACUAAUAUAUAUUUUUUGU